AGAAGUACAGAAACCAUUAUAGUGCAGCGAGUGUCGAGAUGAAUUCGAAGCAGAUAAUCGGUUACAUCUUGCUCACGUUGACGGCAAUCAUCCUGUCAUUCGACCUGGUUCAAGCACAACGUUUCCGCAGCAGGGACAACGGCAGAGACUUGACCUUCGCUGGUGAUUUGCAAGCACCUCCUGGGAUCGGCAGAGACGGUCGGGAUACGGGCAGACUCAGACAUCGAAUCGACAAGACGGUUGACGAUUUCCGACAUGGACCAACAGGAAAUUACCAUCUUUUCACCACACCCAUCAAAUACAGAGUUUUCGGGAAUGCACCUUCGGGACGUUGGUACACCCGUGCUCGUUCCCUAGGUCCACUCGGAAGAUGAUCUGCUCACUUACGGGAAAUGUUUGAAACGACGAGGUCUCAUACGCAGAUGACGGCAUUUUUUAUGAAUAAAUAUUGUAUGAAUCGAUUGUGUAAAUGCGAGGCA